UAAUUCCUGUGCUAAGCCUCUCCUCCUCACCUCCCAAUCUCAAAGACUGCAGAAGAGCUGAAGAGCACCUGGAAACUGGAUGGACAGCAGGAGGAGCAAAGCUGUCAGCAGAAUUGGUUUUCUUCUGUUUAGAGAAAUCUAGCUGGUAUCUCUGAGCAGAAGCAGCAAGCUGGGCUAAAUCAGGAUCCUGUACUCCAGGUUUCCAGAUGGCUGAACCCUUCCUAUAUGAUACUGGAGACAGAUCUCAAUAUGGGUGCCUUGGACAUGAAGUACAAAUUGAGCACAUCAAGGCAUAUGUUUGUAGACCCUCUUUUUACACAGAGAAAGCUGUGAUUGUGGUCCAUGAUGUAUUUGGAUGGCAAUUCUCAGACAUGCGAUACAUAGUCGAUUUGAUUGCAGGUCAUGGAUACAUAUCCAUCUGCCCAGACUUCUUCAAGGGGACAGACCCCUGGAAAUCUACUGAUCAUUGGGCUGACUUUGCUGACUGGAUGAAAAAUCAUGAUCCUGUGAAAGUCGACAAGGAAGCUGAUGUUGUCUUGAAGUAUCUAAAGGAACAAUGCGGUGCAAAGAAGAUUGGUAUCGUUGGGUUUUCCUGGGGUGGAAUGGCAGUACAUCACUUGAUGCUGAAAAAUCCUCAAUUAACCGCUGGGGUGUCCCUCUAUGGAAUAAUUAGGGAUUCGGAAGAAAGAUACAAUUUACUAAAUCCCACAUUUUUCAUUUUUGGUGAGAAAGACCAUACUAUUGCUUAUGAUCAGAUCACCUUAUUGGAGGAGAAGUUGAAACAGUACUGUAAAGUUGCAUAUAAAAUUAAAGUUUAUCCUGGACAAGUUCAUGGAUUUGCACAAUUGAAGCCAGAAGAUAUGAAACCUGAUGAUAAACCUUAUAUUGAAGAAGCUAGAAAGGAUAUGAUUGAUUGGAUCAGUAUGUUUGUUUGACAAAAGCAUGAAGCAUCACUAGCCUUCAAGAUCAGUGUUCGAUUUAAUCUGAGAGACGCAAACAGCCAAUGGAAAUCUAUCUAGUUUUGAAAAUUGUCACAAACGAAAAUAGGAACAUUUUAAUUUAUACUUCUUAAUUAUUUUUCAUAAGAUUUGCACAAGAUUAUGAAGUCAAAGUAGGACUAAAGAAUGAUUAGUCAUUAAAAAGUUGCUUGAAUUUAUUUUGCUUUGUAUUUGCUUCAUUAUUCUACAUUAUGACAUAAAUAGUAAUGAUAUCGUUUAUGCAUUAGCCUAUGCUACUGCAUAUGACUUUAUCCUGACUUUACCUGAGUAGUUUCAGGCUUCAUUUUGAUAUGAUGAAAUUCUGCUCAGUACAGCAGAAUAGCUGAGAAAAGUGCUUCGUAGUUAGCAGCGGCUUGUUUUCCCAAAGACACACAGCUUCGUAAAAAUAAGCAUUCCGUGGAGAACCUCCUUAGAUGAAGCCGAUGAGCCGGGUGUUGUAGCUGUGGGACAGCACGUAUGGGACACAGCUGCAGGUUGUGUAAAGAGCUUUUGUAGAAGAGCUGUAAGAGCCUACCUGUACUCUUCUCCAAACAUGCUGAGCCUGUCAGGGCUGGCACGUGGUGUCUCCAGCCAUGCUGGGGAUCCAGACUUUCCUGCUGUUCACAGCAUGUGGCCACAGGUGCCGUGGCUUCCAGCCUCCCUGAUAAAUUGGUCUCAGGCUUGGUUUGUCGGCCUUGGUGGUGGUGUAUGCCUUAACCUCAUCCCUGCUCCUCAGUGUGCAGGUAAGGAGUUCGCAAGCAGUGCAUAAACUUUCCUCCAGGCAGGAUUCCUCACAUCUUUGGAAAGGGAAAGAUGGUUUGCCUCUGGAGAAAGAAAGAAGGCUUUGGAUGUGCCUAAUCUCUAGCUGUUCAGCUCAGCCAUGGCUCUAGUCUAGGCGAGAUCUGAUGCUGCUUGCUGUCACUGAUAGCUUUCCAGCACUGCAUCAAAAGCGCCGUGUUUAACAGCUUCACAGCCAUCCCCGCUUCAGGAAAUGACCACAAGAUGGGGCCACUCUCCUUCAUUGUCGUGAAAGAGACUUUUGGGGUGUUUGCCUCAAAGUACAGUAAUCAACACUCUGAACGGUCCCUGUCAAAUCCUGCGGUAAAGGUACACCACUGUCAGAGCAAACCUAGCUUCCUAGGGAGAGGGAAGCUGCAGUGACCUGGAUGCUGUCUCUGUGUGCAGCAAGGCACGGGAUGCUGCACGGUUAAGAUAAAAUAUGGAAUGCCACCUCCUCCUUAGGACUCUCUAGUUAUUAUGAGGGAGACCUGGUUGUAAUACAACAUUGUCACACCUUACAUUUUAUUUGCACUACUGAAUGUUUAUCUCCUGUACGCUACAAAAUCAGAUUGACCUCGGAUAUCAUUAAAAAUUGAUAAGCUAAUGAGUUGGAAGAAGCAUGUUUUGAAUCGCACCGUGAGAGUUUUCUGUUUGUGCUUGCUCAUCAUGAAUAAGAUCUCUUUUCUCAUACGAACAAAUAUAAAUAGAUGUAUGCUGAGCUGCUUAAGGGAAUGUUAGCUGUGACACACAGUAUUAGUUCCGAAAUACUGAGUUACUCUCCUUGUAAUUCUCUGUUAUUUAAACUUGAUAGGCCAAAUACUG